AACACCCUUCUAUAAAAUCGCCAUUCUUCCUUCCUUACCCUGUUUUCUUCCUGAAAUGCCCUCCGUUUCUUCCCAAAACACCCUCAUCUCCUCCAAAGUUCUUCUCCUUCUCACUCUCUCCUCCUCCUUCCAGCCCACAUGGCAGGAACACCUCUAAAACUUGACUGGGACCAGCUCUUGCCGGGCAACGAUCACGGCCCACUUCCCGAAUUGGCUAUCGUCCCCCCCGAUCCACCACAGAAAGACAAUGUCAACAGCGAUCCACUGCAGAAAGACAAUGUUGAAUAUCUCUCCGAUCGGCAGCUCGAUGAGAAGAUCCAAAGGAUGCAAGGCAACAUGUCUAUGAUGUUGAGAUUGCCCGACAAGGGUGCAAAAUACCAGGCCUGCUUCAAGCAGCUGGAAGCCGAGCGAGAGCGGAGGAAGCUGCAACGGCUGCAGAAGGAUGCUGAUGAAUGUGAGAAGCCCAUGCAAUCCCAAAGCUCAAGCUUAUCUGGUGCAUCCCAUGCCUUCAGCCCAAAGCAACCAACUCCAAAUUCUCAUUCACAGUCAUUUGGCCAAUGUUUUACGAAACGACUGGAUGACAAGUCAGGCAGUUGUACCCGUGAUGCAUUUGAUUCGGAACUGAGAUAUUUUGGCCGAGGUAAGCACAAGAAUGGGAAACGAAGUGGAAAAUUGGCAACCAGUGAAAGACAGGGGACUAUGAUGUCUUCAAGACCAGUGCCUUUUCGAUGCCCUAGCAGUUUAUCGACCAAUAUAGAUAGACAUGGACCUACAAGUGGCAAUCACAAGGUUAUUGCUUCUUCCAGUUAUUCUACUUUGCAUCCGGAGGAAAACUUGUCCAGCCAUUUCUCUAAGAAGAGGAUUUCUUCUCCAGUUCAAACUUCUCGUGAUUUGAGGAGUAGGAAGGUUCAGACCGUGGUUCUUUUGGAUGAAGAGGAUGUACAGACUACACAGCCAAAACAGUUGAUUCACCAAGUAGACAAAGCAGAAGAAUGGAUCAAGGACACUAAAAUCUACUACCCCUCAAGGAAUGAUCCAGAAUGUGUUGAACUUUGUGGCUCAGAUAUGGAGUGCUUAAGUCCCGAAUCCCCUUUGUCAUCAACUAUAAUGAAUUUUUACAUUCGAUAUCUUCAGAGGCCAAUAUCCCCGACGGGUAGGCUGAGAGGUGAUUAUCAUUUCUUCAACACAUACUUCUACAAGAAGCUUGAGGAGGCCAUCUCAAACAAGAGAAGCGACAAGGACAUGUUUUACGCGAAGUUUAGGAGGUGGUGGAAAGGCAUCAAUAUAUUUCAAAAGGCUUACAUUUUCUUGCCAAUACAUGCCGACGAGCACUGGAGCUUGGCGAUUAUCUGUAUGCCAGCAAAGGAAGAUGAAUCAGGACCAAUGAUUCUGCAUUUGGAUUCAUUGGGAUAUCAUGCUAGUAACCGAAUUUUCAUGAACAUUGAUAGUUAUUUACGAGAAGAAUGGACCUACCUGAAAACAAGCAUCCCUCCUCAAGAUGUUCCUAUUCCCAACAAAAUAUGGAACAAACUCUCUCGACGAAUUGCACGGGAAAUAAUCACAGGCAGAGAUCAAGGUGGAUGUUUCCAAUAGCAUUAGAGGUGGCUGGAUGAAGUGGAGAUGUGCCCCUGGAGUGCUAUGUGAUAGCUACAUGCCAUUGAAAUUUAAAGGCAAAGUGUGGGGGUUGAGACAAUGCGAGUAGACAAGCGUUGCAAAGUGUGAAUGUUGAUACGGAUGCUUGCGGAGACCAAUGUUUUAAAUAUCAUUAUCGUGUAAUGUAUCGCACCCUUGGGAUACUGAUAAAUAUUAGUUAUCGCAUAGGAUAUAUCGGUUGUAUUGCAUAAUGUAUCGGCUGUUAUUGGGAAACAUGGGAACAUUGGGAAAUUGGCUGAAUUUUUCAAUGAAACAUUAGGGAUUGUUGAAAAAGAAUCAUUACACACUUACAGAAAUCAGAACAUUACCAAAAAAAAAAGAGUACACAUAAUAGGGGUUUCCUUUGUUUUGGGGUCCUAAUAUAUGUGCUUUCCAACUGAACUGAUGCAAGUAUCUACAAAGUCUAUUCAUAUUAUUUAUAAACAUAAGAAAACAUGUAUGGAAACACACACAAUACAUUCAAAAGCAAAAGAAGAAUCAGUAGAUCAUGUUACAUACAUGUUUAAUUUUGUGAUUGGAUACAAAGAUUGCAACUGAUUUGUGAGAAAUUGAGAAAUUUUGAUUUUCUCAAUUUUCCGCAACUUAGACCCAUCUCCCCCAAAUUUCAAAAUCGAAGCUCUAAAUCCAUGAUUUUUCAUGGAAAACAUGAAGAAUCAUAGAUUUGUAACCAUUUGACACUGGUUUAACGUCAUUUACAACAAACACAUGGAUCGAAAAUUGAAAAUGCUCACUGGAUCAAAUAGGUGGGAUAUGUUAGCACCACCUGUGU